AUGAGUCUAUUGGGCAGUGUACGAGGCAUGAUGACAGCAUCACCAUCAGCUACAGUUCUAGACGAUGAUUCUACGGCCGAUUUGAACAAGGAAACCAAAGAAAGCGACGAACUGUUGACAACAACGGCAGCAUCGACAUCCUGGUUGUUUCACAACAAUGAUGAUGAAAGCCAACGAGGCUCAUAUUCAUAUACUGCUCGAAAUACCAAAGAAUGGAUUGAUCAAUGGACGGCAGCAGGAUUAUCAAAUUAUGUUUCCUUGCCCAUGAUUUGCGUGUUGGGCGACACCUCGAGUGGGAAAUCCAGUGUCUUGUCGUCACUAAUUGGAUUGGAAUUGCCCAGCGCUUCGACCUUGACGACCAAGUGUCCCGUGUUGGUGCAAUUGAAGAAAACCACCUCUCAGACUCCCAAGGCUACCGUCACAAUUGUAUGGCACCGACCGGGGCCACGCAGUCGCAAACGAAGCAUUGAAACCCAAGUACAGCAAUCCCCACAAAAAGACAAGAUGGCAAGGAUUGAAAAACAAGUCAUUGAAAUGAAUCUAUCCAAAGAUGACGAUGCCAAUAGUUAUCACAGUGCUGCUGCCGAAGCACCUCCACCCAUUUGGAGUUCGCGCUUGCUCACCGACAAUCUAGAAACCGAAUUGCCCAAAUUGAUUCAAGAGGCUCAAAAAUUUAUACUCGAGUAUCGAGAAACGCUGGUGGCACCCGAUACGAUUUGUGUGGCCAUGGAGUCUCCCAACUGUACCGAAGAACUGACCUUGGUCGAUUUGCCUGGAUUGGUCCACUUUCAACACACGCAAGAUUCUUCCUUACUAAGUCAAGUCGAACAAGUGGUGUUGGAAUAUGUCCAAAAUCCACGAUCCAUUUUGUUGCCAAUUGUCGCGGCGCCCUCCAACAUUCACAAUUCCAAAGUGUUGCAGUGGGCCUUGGAAUUUGACUCCAGCACAUCUAGAACGAUUCCCGUCUUGACCAAGCCCGACUUGAUUGAUCCUGGAAGCGAAUCCGAGGUCUUGGCCUUGUUGGAGUCCUCGCAAUUUCGACACGGAUUUUACAUGGUCAAGAAUCGUGGCCAAGCACUUUUGGAUAAUGGAACUUCGAUUGAAGAUGGUCUCAAGGAAGAAAUGGAAUACUUUCAAUGCACAUUGCCAUGGAAUGCCAUGACGGAACCAAGACUAGGGAUUGCCAAUCUCCGUACCAAAUUGGCCACUGUGCUGUGGCAAGUCAUGCAAGAUUCAUUGCCACAAAUCAUUCAAGAAGUCAAACAACAAUUAGAUACUACCCAACAAAAGAUGGAUGCCAUGGGAACCAUGUACAAUACCCGGUCGGAACAACGGAAGUUUUAUCAUUCCUUGACCCAAUCCGUCGUGGAAAACCUAAAGAUGGAAUUGUCUGGAAAGGGGACUCGAAAAGUAGACUUGGCGGCGGCAGCGGCGGAGGCAAAUGAUAAGGCUCCCAAAGGGGCAGCGCAGUUGCAUGUGGCGUGUGCGGAAUUCUACAAGGAAAUUCAAGGGGGGUCCUUGGCGACCAUUAAGAGCCUAGUGGAGGGAGCCUCUGUGUUGGUGUCGGUGCAUGGUUCGACUGACGAUGUGCGGGGAGAAUUGGUACACAUUGACUUGAAUCAAGGGUAUGCUUGUUGUGACUUUAUGGACGCACUCAAUCAUAAUACCGAUAUACUCUUUGAUGGAAUUGGCUAUGCUUCCGAACAACCGGAUUUUGAACCCGACGAAGUCUGGAGCGACGGCAAUCGAGUCUUUAUUGGUCGGGCGGGAGGCAUCUUUGAUUCCAUGCGCAAGUUACCAUUGCACAGGAUUCGAACCAAUCCAUCUUGGCUCCAUGACAAGAUUCAGCAAUUUCGAACGGACGACUUGGCCUGCUUUGUCAAUGUCGACAUGUUUCAACACAUUGUGGCAGAAUUUGUUCAAGAAGAUUGGGCGCCACCUUGCCGCAAAAUGCUAAAGACGAUGGAGCAAAUACUGGAAGAUUCCUUGCAAAGUAUCAUUGCCCAAAACUUGGAACAGAGUCGCUUUCCUCUGCUAAAGAACUUGAUUGAAACCACUUGUCUCAGGGUAUCCCAACGAUUGCUGAUCAAGGCGCACGAACAAGUGAACGAACACUUGGAGGUGGAGGAACACCAUCCAUACACUCAAGAUGAAGUGUUAUUGCAAGCUAUGAAUCAAGCACGAUAUGAUAAUCUGAAAAAUGACUUGGAAUUGCAAUUGCGAUUGGACCAAGAGGGUGCGGUCUUUGAUACCCACGCCAUUACGAGUCUCUUGGAUCGUGUUUUUCAAAAACACCAAAAGCAAAAUUGGAUGGCCGAACAAAUGGAACUGGUCUUGAGCUGUUACGGAAAGGUGGCCACUCAACGGGUCUUGGAUCGGACGCCCCAAAUUUGCUGGCAGACGGUUCGGACCUUGCCCAAAGUCUUGCUACAAGAGUUGGGCAGUGUGACGGAUGACAUUCUUGAAACAUGUAUGUGGGAGUCUCCGGCUAGUCGAUUGCGAUACGAAGAACUUCAAACGCAACUAGACGACUUGAAAAAGGCGAUGAACAUUGUGACUUCGAUACGAUAG